CAAACUCAAAAAUAUAACUAACUCUUUAAAACUUUUAAGAUAAAUGAACAUUAAACACUAACAAGUGUUUAUUUUUACUGAAAAAUGUAUAAUAUAAAACACUUAUUUAAGAAAAUAACUCUCAAAAUGCAGUGUACGCAAAGCAUGCUGGGAAAUAUAAGUCCUCUGCCCUAUUAUAACUAUUUUAUGUUAACAAAACACAACUCCUUUAUGUUGUCCCAACAUGAAUGGAUUCAGUUAUAUGACUAAACAUAAAACAAUCAUGUUGUAACCAUAUUUUCCAAAAGUUGUGUUGAUUUAACUUAAGCAAGUCAAGUAAAUUGAACAGGCAGCAAAAAUAUUUUUUUGAGUGUAGAUCAUCUGACUAAAUAGUAAUACAUUUAUUUUAUGAAUUACAUCUAAUGCGUCUAAUUCAUUAUAAUGAUAUAAAAUCAUGUCAUAAAACAUUUAUAAAACUUUAUUACUUUAUAUCAUCCAUAAAUGUGAUCUCUCAUUCACGUCGGAUCGAUAAUUAGUAAUUAAUGGCGGAGUCGAGGACAACAGUUCCCAUUAUUCCAGGCUCCUUCAAAGCACCAUAAAGCUACGUCGUUGUUUUGAACAUAUGCUUUUAAUGCGCGCUCUCUAGCGUCGGAUUUUACAAACUGCACCUUUAAGAGAGCUAGAAUCCUGAUUUUGCUAAAGUGUCACGCUAAAUACUUUAUACAGAAAAAAUGGCCCACAGGUGCGCUUUUAUUUCAUUUUUUUUAUCUCCUGCACUUCCUGGUUGUAUUCUAAUAAAGAGGCUAAGAAAUAAUUAUAAAUGAACAUUAAACCAUUGAUGAAAUUUAAUGGUAGCCAAAGAUUUUUGCACAGCACUGUAUAUAUUACAUACAUUAUAAAAAUUAUAAUGUUUAAAAAAUAUAUUAUUAUAGGUUUAACUAUGUAUUAGACUAUAUGAAUACAUUUGAAUAAUUUAUAUUAGUGAACGCAUUCAGCCAUUUAUGUUCUUUGCCCAUGAUUUAGUUAUUCCAAGCAAUAUUACCUUUUAUAGUUUUGAUAGAUAUUUUAAGUUAAUGCACCAAUACGAUGGACGACAAGUAUCCAAGUAGAAGAGCAGCAAUCGGCACUCUUUCCUGAGUGGAUUCGGUGAUCGACUGGUAUGGCUGCUUAACAAUAGCGGGCAUGAGAUAUUAUCUUAACUAUAUGAGCCUCGUUCGGAUUAGUAGGAUUGUGCGAACUAAUCUUUAUGAAACCCAUUUAAACGCAACUGAUUAGCUCGGUUCAAGUCAGGUUCGGGAUUUUAAUCGCAUGGUUACCUGUGGAUGUGUUUACUACUGAUGGAAAAAUGAAUCAUCAUGAAGCACUGAGACUGUUUAGAGAAAAGAUUCAAUGCUUCGAGAGUGUCGAUCACAGCGCCAUCUGUCGGUUAAUUAACCAUAUUGCAGUCGCUUCUGGAAAAACCCCCAUCGAACGAAGCAACCAGCAGACGAAUUCGGAUUAAUUUUAAUGUUAUAUGUGCAAAUAAAGCUACAUGUGUGUGAAUGGUCAAUAUAACAAAUUAAUUUAAUUUUAAGAGCGGCAUUAAAUCCCAGUAUGAGUUAAUAUUCAUGAUUCAAUACUGUAUUUUAUAUGUAUGGGGUCACACAUAUGUGUACAAACAAUAUUAUCUAUAGAGUAUUAUGUGAUAUUAAGAUACGAAUUAGGAUGAAAAGAUAUGGGAUUUCAAUGACACUCGAAGCGACAAGCACACACGAUUGAGCAGAAAGUGAAGCUUCGUUUGUCAGUGCCCACGUGAUUUAUCCGAAAUGAUUUCGGACGAUCCGGAGGACUCAACGAAUAAAGUAAACAUCUCGGUCACUAUUCGGUCUCAAUUCCUUCACUCAUGAACAGAAAACCAGCAGAAAAACGCCAAGAAAACACUCAAGCGUGAGCACGUGUGUACGUUUACCCGUCUAUGCAGCUCGUGCGGGAGAGGAUGAGGAUGUUCAACAGCAGAGGGCAGUGUCGCACAGGAGACGCAACGAAGUGUUAGUACCUCCCAGUCUCUCCAGUGAUGUUUAUUUCAGGAAACGGGACGGUCAGAAAGCACAACUACAUUCUCGGGUGGUGCACGAGUCGCAGACGCAGGAAAGCAUGCUGAUGUCUGUAUGAUCAGGACAGAAAGAUGGUGUUCGAGUCGGUGGUGGUCGAUGUCUUGAACAGGUUCCUGGGAGAUUAUGUGGUGAACCUUGACUGCUCGCAGCUCAGCCUUGGCAUAUGGGGAGGUGAUGCCAUAUUGAGAAACCUUGAAAUAAAAGAAAAUGCUCUGAGUCAGCUUGACAUUCCUUUUAAAGUCCGGGCAGGACACAUAGGCCGUUUGGAAUUGAAAAUCCCUUGGAAGAAUUUGUACACUCAGUCCGUGGAGGCUACGCUGGAUGAAGUCUACCUGCUCAUCGUACCUACUGCUAGUAUAAAGUAUGAUGCGGAGAAAGAGGAGCGGCAGCUGCAGGAGGCGCGGCAGAGAGAGCUGCAGCGCAUCGAGGAGACCAAACAGAAAGCGGCAGAGAAAGAGAAUCCAAAGGCAGUGAAGCAAGAUACAUUUGCUGAAAAACUGGUCACACAGGUGAUCAAAAACCUGCAAGUGAAAAUCUCCAACAUUCACGUCCGUUACGAGGAUGAUGUCACCAAUCCUAAUUCUCCGUUGUCGUUUGGAGUUUCCCUGCAGAACCUCAGUCUCCAGACAGCUGAUCAGAAUUGGAAGCCCUGUCUGCUGGAUGAGAAAGCCAAACUGUUUUUUAAGCUCGUGCGCUUGGACAAUCUGUUUGCUUAUUGGAACGUGAAUUCAGAGCUCUAUUCCAACCACAAUCCUGAGGAAGCUCUGCGACAACUAAAGCACAGCGUUGCCGUCAAGAACACCAUCCCUCAGGAUUAUCAUUUCAUCUUUCGUCCAAUAUCUGCAAAUGCCAAGCUACGGAUGAAUCCUCGCUCAGAUGUGGAUUUCUCCUCACCGAAAGUGGAUCUAGUGGUCAACCUGCCAGAGGUGGCAGUCGAGCUCAGCCGGCCACAGUAUGUCAGCAUUCUGGAGCUAUUGGGUUCAGUGGAUAUGAUGACCCGGAACCUUCCAUACAGGAAGUUUCGGCCAAAUGUGCCUGUUCACACCAAUGCUCCUCAAUGGUGGCGUUAUGUGAUCACAGGGGUUUUGGAGGUGAACAUCAAGCCCAGCCUUCACAUGUGGUCAUGGAAAAACAUCCGUUGCCAUAGGCAACUCGUGAAAAAGUACAGAGAGCUCUAUAAGAACAAGAUCACCAGCAAGAAACCUGCAGAUGCUCUUCUGAAAAAGCUGGAGGAAACUGAACGAACUCUUGAUAUAUUCAACAUCACGAUGGCAAGGCAGCAGGCCGAGAUGGAGGCUUCAAAAGCAGGACUACGAAUAUAUCGUCCUGGAGUGAAGGUGGAAGAAGAGCAGUCCGAGGGCUGGUUUGGCUGGAUGUGGAGCUGGUCUGGAGACGGCGGUGCACCAAGCAAAGAUGUUAAAACAGGAGGUUUUGAUGAGCUGAUGUCGCCAGCAGAAAAAUCCAAACUAUACGCUGCCAUAGGAUACAGCGAGACAGCCAUCAAUCCCAAUCUGCCCAAAAAUUUUGAGAACAUGAAGAUACAUUUUCAGCUGCUCAACCUGUCGCUGUCUAUCAAAGAGAGCCGUGAGAAGCCAGAGAUUAUCAAACUCUCCGUCAUUGAUCUUAUAGCCAUGUUCACGCAGAGACCUGCCGCUCAAGCAAUAAAGAUCUCUGCCCAGCUGUCAUCGUUUGAAGUGUCCGGUCUUCCUCGAGGCCAGAAGCCCCCCAUUCUAUUGUCACCGCGCCGUGGGGUCGGGGAGAAUAACAAGGCUCUUCUGAAUCUCAUGUUUGAGACCAACCCGCUAGACGGACUCGCAGACCAGAAAAUACGCAUAGAGUCUCAGCCACUUGAGAUAAUCUACGAUGCUAUGACAGUGAACAGUAUGUCAGCUUUCUUCAUGCCUCCAAAAGACCUGCAACUGGAUGAACUGACCAAUGCCACGCUCAUGAAGCUCGAGCAGUUCAGAGACAGGACAUCCACAGGACUUAUGUACAUCAUUGAAACUCAGAAGGUUCUCGAUCUGAACAUCGACCUCAUGGCUUCAUAUGUCAUUGUACCAGAGAACGGCUUUUAUGACCCCAAACACAACCUUGCUAUUCUUGACUUGGGUCAUUUUCAGAUGUCGAGUCAGAGCAAAGCUGGACUGCCUCAGUUGUCUGCGAACAGCAGCACAUUAGAGGACAUCAUGUCCAGAGCGUAUGACAGUUUUGACAUCCAGCUGAGCAGCUUACAGUUCCUCUACACGAAAGCAGGUGGUGACUGGAAGAGAGCUCGUCCGCUGAGGCAGUCGUCAUUUCACAUCCUGGAGCCUGUUGACCUGAAGGUGGUCUUCAGUCGAGCUAUGGUGGUGACAGACUCCAGAAUGCCCAAGUUUAAGAUUUUCGGUGAGCUCCCUCUGCUGUCUCUGCGUAUCUCGGAUGAUAAAGUGCGUGGCGUCCUGGCAUUGCUCAGCAGCAUUCCUCUUCCAGAGAGCCGCCCCGCCCCUCAGACUAAAGCACCACAGGUUACACCCAAGGUGUCCAAGCGAGGGAACACGCCUCAGCUCACCCCUAGAAGACCAGCGAUAGAUGACCUGCGUGCAUCCAUCAUAUAUGGCUCUGAUGAGGAAUUGUUCUUCGACGCCCCCAGUUCACCAGUAGAAGAUUUGCCGUUCUUUGAGGCUUCAUCUGACUACCUGCAGGGGUCGGCCUCUGGAAAGAGACCCUCUAUGGUGCUGAAGGAUCCCAUGAAGAAUAUGACAGAGUUCCUCUUGUUAUUUGAGAUCAAUAAGCUUUCUGUUCAGCUUUGUCGCUUGUCCAAGGCACAGGAAGUGAGCGUUCUCCAUCUGUUCAUUGACGGUUUAGGGACGGAACUGAAACUCCGUACCUUUGAUAUGUCAUCGAACACUUUUCUACGCGAAAUCUGUCUCGAGUGUUCAGAGUACUUGGAUUCUGAGGAAAAGAAGGUUCACCUCAUCACAACGUUCGACAACACUGAAGAGGAUCUCCUCACGCUGGAAUACAUCAAGGCGGACAAAAAUGCCCCUGAUUUCAAAACUGCCUAUGAUAACACAGAGCAACUAAUCAAGGUGAAUUUCUCCUCGCUGGAUAUACACCUGCACACCGAGGCACUUCUCAAUUCAAUGAACUUCCUAAACAACCUCCUGCCACCUCUCAAGAAAGAGACACAAGAGGAGCAGCCUGUCCUUCCAAAGGAGGAAGAGGAGGAGGAAGUAGAGGAGGCUAAAAUAGACGAGUCUGCUGUCACGAAAAAAUCUGCCAAUAAGAAGUCAAAGUAUGAGGAUGUGGUGAAUUUGCACAUCCGAGCAGAUCUAAACUGUUUGAAGGUCUUCAUAAGAGGAGAGAAAGCCAGAAUCUCUGAGAUCUGCAUUGAGGGACUGGUUUCUCAAGUUCAGAUGAUGAAGAAGUCGGUGGAGAUUCUGGCUAACCUGAAGAACAUUGUAAUUCUGGAUUGUGACAAAGAGGCUCUGUACAAAAAGGCAGUGUCCAUUGCAGACAAAGAGGUGUUUGAUUUUCGCAUGGUGAACCAUGUGGACGCAACAGAGGGAGAUGCAUACACGGACAUGCACAUUGUGGAUACUAGUGUAACACUAACUGUGGGCUGCAUACAAGUCAUUUUCCUCAACAAGUUUUUGUCUUCGAUACUGGCAUUCGUUAAUAAUUUUCAAGAGGCCAAAAACGCUUUGGCAGAAGUAACAGCUCAGGCAGCAGAGAAGGCAGCUUCAGGGGUGCUGGAGCUGGCAGAGAGAAGCACACGGAUUUCUCUCUAUGUGGACAUCAAAGCUCCGGUUGUCUUUCUCCCACAAUCCUCUGUUUCACACAAUGUCAUUGUGGCAGAUCUCGGUUUAGUGACUGUUAAGAACCACUUUAAGAUCGUCUCCUCUCCGACACACAAUAAGAUCCCACCUGUGGUAGAUAUCAUGGCUGUGGGGCUGAGUGAUCUUAAAAUGUACAGGACCACAUUCACUGAUGGAAAAUUUAAGGGUGAGAUUCAACUGCUCAAACCAGUUAAUAUGGACCUUUCAAUCAAACGCAAUCUAUCCGCCUCUUGGUAUCAUAGCAUCCCUGACAUACAGAUCAAUGCACAUCUUAAACCAAUGAGUCUGAUCCUGAGUCAGGAGGAUCUGACUAUAGUUUUGAAAACUCUGAGUGAAAAUCUGUCUGAGACUUCAGAUGUUCCUCAAGUUCCAUCAAGCUCUGAGAAAGCAGACACGGUGUCUACCAAAGAUUCUCCGAGCUCUGGGGGGAACACGGUUGUGAUAGCGGCAGUGGUGGAGGGUCAGAAAACAGGCAAACUGAAGAACACUCUGAAAGUGGAUUUCAAGUUUGAUUCCAUGACCUUGGUCCUCUACAGCCCAAAUACCAAUGAGAUCUGCAUGCCAGACUCGCGUGACCAGAGCUUGAGGUUGGCAGAGUUCACGCUGGGCACCAUCUCCACCGCAGUGCACAUGUAUUCUGACAGCUCAAUGAAAGCUUCUAUCAAACUCACGAACUGCCUGCUGGACGAUAAGAGACAGAGAGUGAAAAUGAUCACAUCCAGGAUGAUGGCCAUGCAUCAGGGCAGGGAAGAUAACGUUAUGGUGGACAUAAAGUACAGGCAAGGCCGGGACGGCACCGUUCUGGACACAGUGAUUCAGGACUUUUACCUGUGCGCCAGCAUGGAGUUUCUCCUCACGGUAGCUGAUAUCUUUCUUAAAGCUAUGGCAGAUGGCUUCUCUGGUCCUCCGAAGAGCAAUAAACAGCCAGCCAGUUCUUCUAAAGACACAGCAGUUCCUGCUCAGCCGGUGGUGGCCAAGACUGAGAUGAACGUUGUGGUGAAGAAUCCUGAAAUAAUUUUUGUGGCCGACCUAACACGCGCCGAUGCCCCGGCUCUCGUCGUCACGACGCAGUGCGAGCUGACCAUGAAGAACGAUCCCAGCGGACAGUCCUUGACGGCGGCCGUCUCGGAUCUAAAGGUGGUGGCGUGUCCGUUGAGGGAGAAGCGAGAAAACAACGUGACGACGGUGCUUCAGCCCUGUCAGGUGUUCUUUCAGAGCAACCAAUCACCUAGUCAACCUCAAACCAUCGAACUGUCCAUCAGCUCCCUCACGCUCAAGGUGUCUCCCAUCAUCAUAAACACCGUCAUCACCAUUCAGUCAGCGCUGAGCCCUGCACCCGAGACCCCGGAGGAGCUGGAGAGCCCCGUGCAACACGAUCUGUGGGAACGUCGGAACCUGCGAGACCUGAAGCUCUGGUUCCUGGAGGAGGAAGGAGAGGAAGACACCCAGUCUGUAGUUCCUCUCAUUCCACAGGGAGAAUCUCUCAAAAUGAGCAUCCAGUCCAUCUGUGUAACGCUGGAGGCUGGGGUGGGUCAUCGCACCGUGCCCAUGCUCCUGGCCAAAUCCUCGUUUCACGGAGACGUGAAGAACUGGACUACACUCAUUAACCUCCACUGUCACCUGGACCUGGAGGUUAAUUAUUAUAAUGAGAUGAUGGGUUUAUGGGAGCCACUUUUGGAGCCACUGGAUGAUGAAGCCAAAGAUGGUUUUAGACCCUGGACACUGGCGCUUAAGAUGAAGAAGAAACCAGUAGCGACCUCCGGGGUGUCUGAUGAGGUGGACGGCAGCGUGCCUGAUUAUAAAACCGUAAUCAGCUUUACAAGCAAAGACCAGCUCAACAUCACUCUCUCCAAGUGUGGCCUACACAUGCUCAGUAAUCUGGGGACGGCGUUUGCAGAAGCUGCCAAGCAGACUGCUGGGUGCAUUCAGACCGACCAAGCUCCGUUUGUGGUGAAGAAUCGUUUGGGUUUGGCGGUGUCUGUGCAGCACAGCGAGGUGUUUACACCUAUCGGUAAAGAGUCUAAACAGCGUGUCGUGGAGCUCCAAGAUGGAGAGAAUCUAAAUAUGGACUACACAGCGGAGUCCAGCGACCAGUUCUCUGCCAUGACCAGCCUCAGCACCAAAAACUACAUAAAACCCACUCCUGUUGGCCACACUGCACCGAGUGUCAUCCCACUGAUCAAAACCGGGCAAGGGAUGUACAGCGUCAUGCACUUUGACUCGGGUGUCACACGCUUCUUUGUCUGUCAGAUUUACACCGUGGAGGGCAGCAAAUAUGUCAAGAUCCGCUCUCCAUUCCAGAUCAUCAAUCAUUUCUCAGUGCCGUUCCGGGUUUAUGAGGGUUCUGUGUGUCUGGGCACUUCUCUGCCUAAGGAUGAGUUCUGUGUCCCACUGGGUUCCUACAGAGCAGAGCUUAGCUUGCAGCCUGCACUGGAAGGAGAGGAAGAGUACAACCGCUCGGAGGGCUUCACUUACAAUGAGGUGAUUCAGCAACCCAGAGAGUGUUUGCAGAAAACUUGCUAUCAUCACGAAGACAGGACUCAGAUGAUGAAGGUCAACAUGAUUCCUCUUCCAGACGCUGUGAUGUCACACAGCACCGAGGAGGGGUUUGACAAGCCCUUCGUUCUGCACCUGUGGCCCACCGUCCUCCUCCGCAACCUUCUGCCGUUCCCCAUCACCUUCAACUUAAAGAGUAAUGGAGAUCCCCCCGUUGAACUAAAGGAGGGUCACUCGUCCCAAAUCCAUACGGCCAUCAUGGAUUUUUCCAUUGUGGAGUUGAAGCUCAUUGGAUAUCUGCAGCAGGAUUGGGAAGGCCAGUAUAAUCUCAGCAGUGACCAGGAUGAGAUAAGCUUCAUCAAAUUCCAAUCGCUGCGAUUUGACGAAGAAACGGAAACGAAGGCGGAGCUAGACAUUGCCAUCCAUGUUAAAAAGGAGGAGGGUCAGCUGGUCGUGGCCGUGCACUCGCCCUAUUGGAUGGUGAAUAAGACCGGCAGACUGCUGCAGUAUAAAGCAGACGAUAUUCAUCGCAAACACCCGAAGGACUAUGACAUGCCUCUCCUCUUCUCCUUCAAACCACGCAACUUCCUGCAGAACAACAAGAUUCGUUUAAUGAUUUCGGAAAGCGAGUUAUCAGAUGAUUUCUCCAUUGACACAGUUGGUAGUUACGGUGAUGUUAAAUGCAAAGGAAGGCAGAAGGAUUACAUGGUUGGGGUGAAGAUAGACGCGUCCAGCUUCAGUUUAACACGGCUGGUGACGUUCCUGCCUUUCUAUAUGCUGGUGAACCGAACCAAGCAUGUGAUUCGAGUUUGCGAGGAGGGUCUGGAUCAAUGGACAGAGGCCCGACCCGAACAGGCCGCCGUUCCAUUCUGGCCAGAAAGAGACUCAAAGAGGCUUCAAGUCAAAGUCGAAGGAUCUAAGUCAUCACCACGACCCUUUGACUUCCACCAACCAGAGAACUGCCUCCUGCUGCACCUGGACAAAACUCUGGGCGGUAUUAUCGUUGACGUGAAUUUGACAGAACAUUCGGCUGUGAUACGCUUCUCUGAUUACCAUGACGGCGCGGCUCCGUUUCUCCUCAUCAACCACACAAAAGAGGACACACUGCAGUACCACCAAAGUUGCAGGAAGCAGAAAGAUUCUGCUUGGUCUCCAGAUGAGUUACUGGAUAUCUCUUUAUCAGGGGGGGAUGAGACUCAAUCCCUCUGCUCUCAGACAGAAAUCGAUGAGCUGGGUCCAGGUCAGGCUGUGUACUACACUUGGGCUGAACCCACAGGAUCACGAAUCUUGAGCUGGAAAUGGGGCAAGUACAAAGGAGAACUCAAGAUUGAAGAGGACCAGUUGUUGGACGUGAACAAGGAGGGAAAACUGUUUGUCGUCUCAUUUUAUGAAGGCCUCCAACGCGUGGCGCUUUUUACCACAGAUCGCUGUGUUUACAAGCUAAUUUGCGACAGUGAGAAGAUGGAGGUGCCUCAGCAGGAAAUCAGUAUCUUGUUACAGAACAUCGGCGUGUCACUGGUCAACAACACCUACAGCCAGGAAGUGGCCUUUAUUGGCAUCACUAGUUCUGAUGUGGUAUGGGAGACUAAACUCAAGAAGCGCAGCCGAUGGAAGAUUUUGAGCGGAAAAGAGGCCGCAAGGUUGGAGCACCGCUACCAAGAGUAUAUGGAGACUGGCCCGGUGGAUAGUGCUGUCAUCGACCUAGAGAACGAUUACCAGGUGUUAUUUGCUGCUAAUGGGGUGGCCAUGAGAGUACUGCAGCCCUAUGAUGCUCCUCUCAGGAGGAACUUUCUGCCUGCCCUGAAGGUGGAGUACAGCGUCUCCACCCGCCAGAAAACCUAUAGAGUCCAGAUCAACAGAAUUCAGAUCCAGAAUCAAUUGCCUGGAGCCAUCUUCCCAUAUGUGUACUACCCCAUCAAACCACCAAAGUCGGUUAGGAUGGACUCAGAACCAAAACCGCUGACUGAUGUCAGCAUCAUCACCCGAGCAGCCGGGCACUCGGACAUCCUACGCAUCAAGUAUUUCAAGGUGCUGAUUCAGGAAAUGGACCUACGGAUGGAUCUUGGGUUCCUGUAUGCCAUCCUAGAGCUCUUCACUCCCGAGCACUCCAGUGCUUUCACGUCUGAACAAGAGGUUGAGUUGUUUGACAAGGACAUUGAGUAUCUGAAGACGGAGUUGAAUCAUGUUUCAGCGACAGACACCUCUCCCAUGAGCCUGUACGAGUACUUCCACAUAUCUCCCAUAAAGCUUCAUUUGAGUUUCUCUUUGAGCACCGGAGGUGAAGACAGCAAUAAGAAAGAGAGAGAGACCGAAAUCAUUCCUGUUCAGUCGCUCAAUCUGCUUCUGAAGAGUAUCGGAGCUACGCUCACUGACGCUCAGGACGUCCUCUUCAAACUGGCCUUCUUUGAGCUGACAUACCAGUUCCGUACCACCCAACAGCUGCAGUGGGAGGUGAUCCGUCAUUACUCCAAACAGGCUAUCAAGCAGAUGUACGUUCUUGUUUUGGGUUUAGACGUCCUCGGCAAUCCAUUCGGACUCAUCCGUGGCCUGUCUGAAGGAGUCGAGGCCUUCUUCUAUGAGCCCUACCAGGGGGCUAUCCAGGGCCCAGAGGAGUUUAUGGAAGGGAUGGCGCUUGGUGUGAAAGCUCUGGUUGGAGGGGCUGUGGGCGGCAUUGCGGGAGCAGCGUCUAGGAUCACGGGUGCGAUGGCUAAAGGUGUUGCUGCCAUGACAAUGGAUGAGGAAUAUCAGCAGAAGAGAAGAGAAACUAUGAACAAGCAGCCCAGCGGUCUUCGAGAAGGGCUGGCGCGGGGAGGGAAAGGACUCGUAUCUGGGUUUGUGAGCGGCCUCACCGGAAUUGUGACUAAACCCAUUAAAGGAGCUCAGAAGGAAGGGGCUGCCGGUUUCUUUAAAGGUGUGGGAAAAGGUUUAGUCGGAGCUCUCACCAGACCAACAGGUGGCAUCAUUGACAUGGCCAGCAGCACAUUUCAGGGCAUCAAGAGAGCUGCCGAGACAUCUCAGGAAGUGGAGAGUUUACGCCCACAGCGUUUCAUUCACGAGGAUGGAGUCAUUCGGCCAUAUAAGGAGAGAGAGGGAUUAGGCAGUCAAAUGCUUCAGAGUAUUGAAAACGGACGGUUUGCCAAAUACAGGUACUUUGCUCAUGCUAAAGUGAAUGAGUCCGAUUUCCUGAUGAUUACUAAAAGGGGAAUAUUUUUCGUGACAAAGGGAACGUUUGGUCAGUUGACAUGCGAAUGGCAGUAUCUGUUUGAUGAGUUCACUGAAGAUCCCAUGAUUGUGGAGGGCAGAAGACUUCGCAUUGAAGCAAAGGAAAGAGUGAAAUCUGUGUUUCAUGCCAAAGAGUUUGGAAAGAUCAUCAAUUUCAAAACUCCAGAAUUAGCAAAGUGGGUUCUUGCCAAGCUUGAAGAUGCCAGGGAAAGUCUGCCAAAAUAACCUCCAUCUGUAGAGUUAAAAUGACAAAGACGCUCCUGCGCUCGGCUGUGCCUUUAAUGCUGCGUUUGUAGCAUGCCACUUUACAUUGUACCCACAAUGCAACAGUCUUUCACCGAACUCUGGUAAAAUGACUGUUAGACUGUGCAUCUGUAUAUGCACGUGUGUGGUUUACAUUACAUCCUAUCUUUCCAGAAUCGCUCACUUCGAUUUCAGACAUUUUUUCCCCAGCUCUCAAGUACCUUAUUUGUGUACUGUGAACAGAUGAACUCAUUUCCAUGUUACGUCUUUUACAGCGUUCCUCUAGACACAGAUCAUUGACUGGAUCCAUAACAUCAAUGGCACUUAAUAAAAUGUCUUUAAUUCACAGUAAUCAAGUCAUACAUGAAUGUUUAAUUUUAUAAGCAUAUUAAUGAAGACCAAUACACUGUAUGUAUAGCAUUCGUCUUUGCAAAAUGGGGAACAUGUUUGUGGCAUUAGGAAGAAAUGUCCAGGAAUGUUUAAAAUGUAGGAGAGUGGGGAUAUUUUUUACAUAAUUUUUUUUGCAUGAAAUUUGUCUAUCAAUGUCUAUUUAUUUGAAUUUAAGGCUCUGUCUUAUUAAUUACUGUAGAUUGCCAAGUAAAUACUACGGUGAAGAAUUGCUUGAGUGCUUUAUGCGUCUGUUCAGCCAGUACGGACACAACACACUGCUUAACAAAAGUCAAAACAUGUACAGUACCCAAGCUGGGUUGUUUUUCCAGGUUAACCCAACGACUGGGUUUUCUUAUUCUUCACCCAACAUUGGGUUAAAAAAGUAUACAUUUGCAUUUAAAAAGUGCAUAUUAGUACCUCAGACAGAUGUACAUAUUGGUACCAAAUGUAUACAUAUCUGUACCCAAAUUGUACAUAUUAGGACCUUUUUGAGGGCUACCACCCCAGUGAUGGCUUGGCUUGGCUGCUUUGACUUUUUUUUACAGUGCAAAGAAUUCAUGAACUAAAUAUGCAACUAUCUUUCAAAAUAAAAAAUAUUUAUCAAUAAAAAUCAAAUCGACAUGAAAUCAGAAUGCACCCUAUUCACUGCAUGUUAUUGCACUGAUAAACUUUGUCUUAGUUAUCUGUAAUUGGCAUUUAGUUCUGAAGAUUUCAGUAUGUCACUUACUAGUCAAACAUCUGUUGUUACUAUUAACAUCAAAUAACUGUUUAAGGUAAUACAGCAUUACAAAAAUCUUCUUAUUAGAGAGGUCAUUUAAUGGCGUUAAAGGUGCAGUAUGCGAUUUCUUAAAAACACGGUUGAUAUUUUAAAUCAACACCAAAACACACAUCGCUAUCUACAGUAUAUUUACCUUUCAAAAAAAAAAAUCUUUGGGUUUUGAUUUCAAUUUUCAGCAGGCUUUGGCAGAAAUUGUGUACUGUGCCUUUAUAAUCAACAUAUUCAUGGUUACUGCAGUAAUGGCGAAUAUACAGCAAUGCACUUUAAAAAGAGGCACUUACAUUGGCAUGCGACAAAAUUAUUUGGUUACAGGAUUUUAAUUUGGCUUCCAUGUAUUAAGUCCUCUCACUUUCUACCAGAGACAGACUCAAAAAAUGUAUCCUCGUAAAAAAAAAAUCCUUGCCACAGGUGACUGCUCUUUCAUUAAGAUAUUGAAAGCUCACUUUUCACAAUUCUACUGAUCAUCCAGUCCUAUAGAACAUUUUUUAUUUUGUUUGUUAUAGACCACUUCGCAAGAUGUAAACACUGGUCCAGAUUAGAAGCACUUCUGGUUUCAUUUUUAUGUAUUUUAUUUUGAAAUGUGAAAUUUAUAAUUCAAUCUUAGUUUGUUAUUUGAUAUUUAUUGUUAUUUCAAUAUUUUGAUUCAGGAUAGUGUGGGGUGAAGAUAGUAGGAUUGGUAAAGGACCCUCCGAGAGGGAAAUCAAAUUGGAUUUGUCUCCAUUUUUAACAUUAAAAAUGUUCUGUUGUCUGUAUUUUGUUCAAACUUUUGUGCAGUGUUUAAAACUGAGGUCAGAGUUGCUUACAUUUUCCAAAGUGGUCUAUACUGCAUUUGAGUCUGAAAUAUGUUAUAUAGAAUUAGGGUAUACAUAUUGUAUAAUUGACAUCUUUUUAACCAUAUGUAAUAAAUGUAUUUUGUAA